UGGUCUGUGUCCAAACAGCCGGCAGCGGGCAUCGAACUGUGGCAGAUGGCUUCCUCAGACCACAAGCCGUUCCCGUUCAAAAUCAUUCCUCUGGACGACGAGACCCAGCAAAGAUUUCCAAGGACUUCAGAGGAUAUCCCCAAUGGCUUCGCAUCCUGUAAUCACUUCGGCUUCAAGCUGUCGGCGACGGUGACGCCGGAGGAGCUAGACGACCUCUACAACCAACCGCUGGACGCGCGUGACACGUGGGUGGUGACACCGCCGAAAUGCGGCACCACCUGGACCCUGGAGAUGGUGUGGCUCAUCGUCAACAACCUCGACUUUGAGGGCGCCAAGACGCUGCUCAGACCUGCCAGGUGGAUUUUCUUGGACUUCGACGCUCUGACCGACAAGGAGGUCAGGCGCAAGCUUGUUCCAGCCGAGGCAGGAAACCCGGGUAAAAAUGCGAGCUUCUCGCGCACAGGUGACCGUCGCCGCCCCUCUCCGCGAUUCGUCAGUUCGCACCUGCCGAUGUCCAUGAACAACCCGGGUCUGCUGGACGUCUGCAAGGUAGUCUAUGUGGCUAGAAACCCCAAGGAUGUCUGCGUUUCGUUCUUCCACCACCAGCGGCUCUCCAAGAUGAUGGACUUCACUGGAGAUCUGGAGCUGUUCGUGGACUACUUCAUGAAAGACCAGGUGGCCGAGUCCCCAUUCAUCGAUCACAUGAUCGAGGCCUGGAACCUGCGCCACCACCCCAACAUGUGCUUCCUCUUCUACGAGGAUAUGAAGCGCGACCUGCCGUCCCAGAUCCGCAAGGUGGCCAAAUUCUUCGGCAAGACGUACUCGGAUGAGCAGGUGGAGCGUUUGGCUGCGCACCUGCACAUCGAUAACUUUAAGAAGAACCCGUACGUUAACAACGAGCGGCUCAAGGAGAGUGGCUUCAUGCACGCCGACAGGGGCAGCUUCAUCCGCAAGGGGAAGACGGGCGACUGGAAGAAUCACUUCACCCCCGAGAUGAACGCCAAGUUUGAUAAGUGGAUGGCGCAGAAGUUGCGAGAAACUGACCUUCGGUUUGUUCAGGAGCUCAGUAAGCAAGACUGAUCAAGCUUCCUAGGUCUGUACGGAGCUGAUUACCGGUAGCGGGUCUGUGAUGUCGAACGGUCCAUCGCCGUAUGUAUGUAAACUUGGUAUAUCUGCCCUCUCUCCGACAUUGAAAGCAUUCUUAACCGGGCAGGCCCUUUUUAAUUUCAGUGACGGUGAUAUUAAUGCAGUGUUUUUUAUGCCACCUGUUUGAUACAACGCAAGGAGCUGGUUAGAAGUCGGGUGUCAUAUCAAUAUCCGGUGUCUAAUAUCCCAUGUGUUACUAAUAUCCUAGCUGUGCGCGUCGCGACGUGCACGCGACACCUUACGAGCAUUCUCAUUGCGCUCAAAAAUUCCUCUCUAGUACCACCAUCACAGAGUUGUCACAGUUUGCAAAGGUUCUAACCGAUCACAUCCCUACCGAUGCUGAAACGGUGGCAGAUAAGAGAAAUGCUUCUCCACACUCUGGAAAAUCACGUCUCGAGGACAGGGGCCGCUUCGGGAAACCGUAAAAGCUCCUCAAAUACCAGCAGCGCGGGGCAGGGUGAAGCGUUUGGGGGUGCUUUAAUGAGGACGUCCGAGAUGCAAAGGAAGACUGAAAACACCCCCAUUUGGCAGGCACAGCGAAUACGUACACCGCGGUAAAAUGUUAGACACAAAAUGGUGAAGUCCUAGGAACAAAACCGCUCAGAUAUCAGACCUGCAUGUCUGUAACGAUGUUGCUUAUUCAAGAAUCGCAGAAUCAAUCCGAAUAAGAUAUAUCAACCCUACACCGAACAACCCCAACUUCCACCUGGAACCGAUUGAUGCCUGUCCCGUAUGUCAGCGUCUGGUAAUGCAAGAUCUCUUCAAAAGAGUUGCUCAAAAUACCACCUCCGAAAAGCUGUGUGAUAUUUUUCGGAAUGCUAUUCUGCACAACGCUUGUGUUUUGAGUCCAAUGUUCGCUUUUUGUGUGCGUGUGCGUGCGUGUGUGUGUGUGUGUGUGUGUGUGUGUGUGUGUGUGUGUGUG